AUGGGCCACGUAGCUCAUCAAGAUGGAGUAUCUGCGAUCGUAUUUGCUACCUUGAUCAUCUUAAAACCAUCAAGCUCAUCAUACAUCUCCAUCAGGUUAAUCGAGGCUGCAGACUUUCCAUUGACUUUCAUGUCAGGCUACACUGUUUCGGCUUCGAGGGGCUUCCCGGACACUGGUACGCAAACUCACAAUCCAACGAUUAUCCCAAAAACCGAUAUUGAAAGGUCGCCAUGUAGGACUGCUCUCUUAUGGAGAAAUGGUGUCUCAAGCUCAAAUGAUAUGUUGGAGACACUGAAUACUCGUGAUUGCCAGAUUAAUCUUCCUGAAUUUAGUGACGCAAUUGAAAUUCCUUGCAUCGGGGAUGCUGAUACAGGUUACGGCAAUGCAGUGAAUAUCCGUCGAACCGUUCAAGGGUGUGGCCACACCAAAGAUAAAGCCGUUUGCUCCAGAGAAGAAGCGUUCUCCAGGAUUCGAGCUGCCGUUGACGCACGAAAUGAAGGAAUGGACAUAGUCAUUAUGGCACGAACAGAUGCCCGUAUUGAUUCUCUUGAUGAAGCUAUAUACAGAUGCAAGGAAUUCCGAAAAUUGGGUGCAGAUAUCACCUUUUUGGAAGCACCUCUGAACAAGGCAGAGAUGAAGCGCUACUGCGAUGAAGUCGAUGGUUGGAAACUUGCAAACAUGGUUGAACACGGCAAGACGCCGAUCUUGCCCAUUGCUGAACUUCAAGAGCUAGGCUAUACCAUUGCUGCUUAUCCGGUCACUCUCCUGUCUGCAUCCGUAAAAGCAAUGCAAGAUACUUUGGCCGCAAUAAAAACUGGACAGCCAAAAGAUAUUUUCCCACACAUCCUUCCCUUUGACAAGCUCUGUGACGCCGUCGGCUUCAAUACAUACUAUACAGUCGAGAAGAGGUACCGGGAAAAUCCCGAUGCAAAAGAAGCCUCUGACGCAAAGGAAGAAGAGCAGCCAGCCACAAAAAGAAGGAAGGCGAAAAAGUGA